UUAGAAGGAAAAUAAAUGGACCAACACCUACUCCUAGCUACUCCUCAUAUAUAGUUGUCUCCUCAUGAGAAAUCGAUUAUCUUUCUGUAUGAUCAAACAUGGGGAGUGAAGUAGUAAAUCCGAUCAAACCACGGUUUGAUCUGAGCAUGUCAAGACGAACCCGGAAACCAUGGUCUUCAAGUCUCGUCAACGAGAUGCAACAUCAAGUCCUGUCCACGCAAAGCUCACAGCAAGAGAAAGAAUUAGAGCAAGACGAAGACCGAGAGAUUGAUCGUAAGAGUUUGAACAAUCUGAUGAGAAGUGAGCAAGAAUCAAAUGGAGAAGCUAAUGUUAGCAAUAAGAACUCUCUAGGUCAACAUUUCGGGGACGACGAAGCGAUCAAGCAAACGAUGCAAGUGGUGGUCAAGAAGCAAGGUGGGGAAAAUGGUGUUAAAUUCAAAGGUAUGAUGAGUCGAUAUGUUAAGGUCUUGAGCGGUCUGAUGAAGGCCAAACGUGACCGCAAAACAUCGGCCUUGCGGUUUAAGACAUGAUUCGAAUAUAUAUAUACGUACGUUCGUGUGCCUUACACGUAUAUUUAGUUUAGAAAUGUUUCGCGUACGUACGUAUUAUUGAUGUGCAUAUAUGUUGUUGGCAUAUUUGUUUUCACUUUUGAGAAUGUCAUCUUAGCACUAUGUUCAUCCGUACAUGUACCUUUUGGUUUUGAAUAUCAUUGCAUGUUUUUUUCG